CCGUAGUGCAAAAGAGCGGAGGUGAAAGGGUUUAGCUGCGAAAAUGCCGAAAUGUGACGUCAAGACGAGAUACAUCCCUGCCACCUUUGCCUGGACCUUGCUGCUCAGCACCACCUUCCUGUUCUUCUGGUAUCCAUGUCGGCAGUUCUACAUCCAGCGGCAUCCAUGGGUACCGGCGUACCAGGCCGUCAUCACGUUCUUCGUCAUAGCGAACUUUACGCUGGCAACCUUUAUGGAUCCAGGCGUUAUACCGAAGGCUCCACCAGACGAAGAUCGGGAGGACGAGUUCCGUGCGCCGUUGUACAAAAAUGCCGAAAUUAACGGCAUUACGGUGCGCAUGAAAUGGUGCGUUACUUGUAAAUUCUACCGGCCACCACGCUGCUCCCACUGCUCCGUGUGCAACCACUGCAUUGAGACGUUUGACCAUCACUGCCCGUGGGUAAACAACUGCAUUGGCCGGCGGAACUAUCGGUUCUUCUUCUUCUUCCUCAUCUCGCUCUCGGUGCACAUGUUGAGCAUAUUUUCGCUCUCGCUUGUGUACGUGCUGCACAAGGAAAAGGACAAGCUGACCGAGGUGGAACCAAUCGUGGCCAUGAUUUUGAUGGCCAUCGUAACACUGCUCGCCAUACCGAUAUUCGGGUUGACCGGUUUCCACAUGGUGCUGGUGUCACGCGGUCGCACCACCAACGAGCAGGUAACGGGCAAGUUCAAGGGCGGAUACAAUCCGUUUUCGCGCGGCUGCUGGAACAACUGCUGCUACACACAGUGCGGACCACAGUACCCGAGCUUGCUCAAGCCACAAAAGUACGUGGCCCGCCGCUCGAACAAGGAAAACCAAUCGAUCAGCACCAUCACCAAUGACGGUGGUCCCGGCGGUGGUGGUGGUGGUGGUGAUGCUGCCGGUUCGGGCCGCCGGCACAUGCCGAACAGUGGACCCGGCGGUGGCGGACCUGGCAACCAGCAGCAGCAACAGCAGCAGCAACAGGCACUGAAUCAGGGCGGUGGCAUCUACGAUAAUAACCGGCACACGCAGGUAAAAACCUAUAUGGAUCAUGGAAAUGGUCACGGUAUACGUACAGUUGGAUCCAGUCAUUACAGUAAGCUGUCACCGGGUCGCGAGUGCUCCGAUAUCGACAUGGAACCGCAGGCCUCACAAAGCCGGGAUUGCGAACCGACACCACCGUUGCAGCGUCACGGGUCGAAGAGCAACUUUUUUCUUCCACCGCUAGACGGCCCACCGGUUGGUAUGACGUCGCAGGUGAGCAAUGGUGGCGAUUCGCCCCGCCAGCAGCAGCAGCAGCAGCAACAUAUGCGUAUGUACCAUCCGCGGCAUAGUCCGCAUCCACGACAACGAGGACUCGAUCCGUCGCGCAGCUUCACGCCGGAAGGUCUUUCGCCUGACCAUCCCGGAGGUCCCGGUGGGCCGCCGCCGAUGAUCACGAUACAGACACAGCAGCAACAGCAGGGCGGUGGUGUACCACGUGGAGGAGGUCCACCUUCCUCGGCCACACCCACCAUGCAGCAACGCAUCAAGGCGCUCGGAGUUGCCACACCACUAGCAAUGUCCAGUCCCGUGCGAAGAUCGAAUCCCGGCACACCGACGCAACCGAGGAGGCCCGAUUUCAUCAGCGUUGGUCAACAGUCCCAGCUGCAGCAACAACAGCUUGGUGGCAGCGGCACCAUGACCGGCAACUACUACGAUUUCCCCCUGCAACCGCAACAGCAACAGCCACAGCAGCAGCUUCCACCACAGACGAUGGCACUGCACCAGGCAACAGGUCUUCCCCCACAACAUCCUUACCAUCAGCAACAGCAGCAACAGCAACAACAGUACCCGAUGGUACAUCAUAAUGGAGGUCUCGCUGGACCUCCGGGCGGCCAACCGUCGCAACAGGCCCUCCGGGGUGGCAACUCUGGACCUUCGGUCGUCUACCAUCACGGUAGUCCGCAGCGACGCUACCUGUCCGAGGGUGAGCUCGUGCGGCAAGGUGCAGAACUGUCCUACGCCCGCAACAACCAAACGUCUGACAACAUCCGGGAGCUGGCCGGCAGUCCGCAGCGCGGUGUUUACCUCUGGAAGGACACGUCGCCUGGCUUCAACCAACCAAACGGUGGCCAACAGCAGCCCCCCGUUUCGGUGUACCAGAACACGCCAAGUCCAACGGCACCGCACCAGCAACAAACGAUGGCACCGUUCGGUACGGUGAGUGCCGCCCGUUACCAGCUGCAGCAACAGCAGCAGAACAGUCUCGCCAACAGCGCUGUCGGUGGUGGCAUCGGUGGGGGUGGCAGUGGGCUGACCGGUUACCACCCAGCACUUCGCGGUGGUGUGCCUGUCUUCCCGCCCCAACCACCACCCUCAGCCCUGCAGCAACAGCAACAACAGCAGCAGUUACUCGCACAGCAUCCUCAGCCAUCACAGCAGCAGCAACAGUCAGGUGUCGUUGGGUUGAACGGUCCAGGCGUGGGCCAGGGCCCUCAGGCACCGUCUCCAUCAAUCAAGCGCAAAGCCACCCCAACCCGGCCCAUGUCGUUCGUGAGAGCGCUUGAAAUGACCGAUUCGAUGGAGAUGAGCGGAGGAGGCCCAACCGGCGCGCCAGGAGAAAUUGGCGGCGGGUUGCCGCAACCGGGUGGUGGAGUAUUGGUGCGAGGCGCCGCAAGCACCGCUACCAGCACUAGCAACAGCACCGGCACCACCAACACCUCCCCACCCGAUCAGCGUGCCAGCGUGUACGAUAUGAAUUACGAGAUUUCAGUGUAG